AUGGCUACUUCUACAACAACUUCACUCAACCCCACUAUCAAGUUGCGCGUUCAUGAUAUCGUGUCUGAUUCUCCCGAAUGGUUGAGGCGGUAUAAAGAAAAGGGUUGGACCGUUGUUCCUGAAGCCAUACCCAGAGAGAAGGCUCUUGCAUAUGCUGAAAAGGGCUAUGAAUGGCUCGAAAGCUGGGAUUUGGGAUUCGAUCGCAAUGACCCUUCAACGCGUAAAUCCGAAAACCUUCCCUUUAGCCUCCGUGGGGGUCUUUACAAUAGAUACGGCAUUGGACAUGAGCAAUUUGUUUGGGACCUGAAGUCCGAGCCCAGUCUCAUUGAGAAGUGGGCACAGCUUUAUGGUACUAACGAACUGCUUUGCUCAUUUGACGGGGUGAACCUCUCUAUUCCCGAGAAAGAGCGCCCCAAGACCGACUCUCUAUUCGCUCCAUGGGCACACGUGGAUCAAUCUGCUCACAGUCCAGAAUUUGAAUGUGUUCAGGGAAUACUGAACUUGCUACCCAAUGGAAGCGAAGAUGGUGGAUUAAUGGUCCUGGAUGGAUCAAAUAAGCAUUACGCAGAAAUGUGGCAGCGUUUUGACCAUUUGAAACCGGAAGGUGGUUGGAAUAAGCAUGCAUUCCAACUGGUGCCUGAAGAGAUGUGUACUUGGCUGGAAUCAAAAGGAUGCAAGUGGGUGAAGAUUUGUGCUCAGCCAGGUGAUCUUCUUCUUUGGGAUUCGCGUACCAUUCACUACGGUGCUCCUCCAUCUUCCACCAAUGAUCGAUUUGCUGCAUAUGUUUGUUACAAACCAGUAUCUGCAGUUACAGAUGAAGCAAAAGAAGCUCGAGUUGGGGCAUAUGCAUCUCGAUCGAAUACCACACAUGACCCGGCAAUCUUCCGCGUGCCGGAACGCCUUCCUCCAAAAGAGCACCGUUCUUACGAAAUUGCGAUCAGAAGGCCUAUUCCGAACCCCAAGCUCUCAAAGAAGGGUAGACAAUUAGUUGGCCUGGACCCUUACUAG